GCGUGACUUGUUUAGACAAUUUUCCUGUCCUCCCAUCAUCUUCCGCAGCGCCCGCAGUUUUCCUCCCUGGUCUUAACAUCCUCAACAGUUCAAGCGACCAUGAAAUUCUCCCUCUUCAGCCUCUCCGCAGUCAUCGCGCUCAUCGGCGGCGCCCUGGCCCAGGACUUGGUCAUCAACACUCCCUCCGGCUUGACGCAGUGUCUACCGACCCUCCUCAGCUGGUCUGGAGGAACUGGCCCUUACUUCCUGACUAUCACGUCUGGUACCGACCCCAAUGGGAAUACUCUUGCGAACCUUGGUGAACAAUCGGGCACUUCGCUCACCUGGACUGAGACGUUCCCUCAAGGCACUUCACUCGUUUUCAACGUUCGUGACCAGACUGGAACUGUGAAGCAGACCGCUCCUGUCACUGUGCAAACCGGCGGUUCAACUGACUGUACUAGCUCGACGUCAGUCGUGUCUGGUUCCUCCACAUCUGCUGCAGCCGAGUCUUCCAGUGUUGCUGUCUCUACAACCAGUGCAGUCUUUUGAUCGUACCGUAACCUAAAGUUCGUAGGGCGGCAUCGUCCGGUGCCGCUAGCGGCAGCAGCAGCUCUCGCGCAUCAUCUGCUUC